CAGAAUCAUGCGUGGCAGGCGGUGAUCGCCGCUCCUCUACCGGUGAUUGAGGUCACUCUUCCUUUUAGGAACAAUUACAGACAACAAAUAUGGGCAAGAAACGCUUCAAAGGGAAAACUGCACAGUCUGAUGAGUCUCCGGAUAUACUGAAACCUGUGUGCAAGCAUAUUCGUAAAGGACUGGACCAAGGGCAUGUGAGAAAGGCCCUGCAGAAUGUGGAAUGGCAUGUUUGUCAGGACUGCAAGGCAGACAGUAAGACACAAGAGAAGGCUGAGGAGGAGGAGACUGAUGAAGGCCCUUCGAUAUGGUUAUGCCUAAAAUGUGGCCAUAGGGGCUGUGACAGAAAUUCUCCAGACCAUCAUGCUUUAAAGCAUUAUGAAACACCAAGAUCAGAUCCUCACUGUUUGGUUCUCAGUUUGGACAACUGGAUUGUGUGGUGCUACCUAUGUGAUAAUGAAGUUCCAUAUAAAACUUCAACCCUUUUGGGCCAGACUGUGGAUUUUGUUAGAAAACAAGUUGGUAUUGACUCAUCACAUGCAGUUGAAAAACAAGAGAACAAAGAAGUUGAAAAUAGAAAAGUAGAAAAAGACUGCAAAAAUGAGCAAGAAAAAGAAACUUCACUUAAAGAAGAAAAUUCUUAUUCAACUGCUAAUGGAGAAGUCACUGUGAAAGGACUUAGUAACUUGGGGAAUACAUGUUUCUUUAAUGCAGUGAUGCAGAAUUUAUCACAAACUCCAGUCCUGAGGGAGCUGCUUAAAGAAGCUAAAAUAUCUACCACAACAAUUAAAAUUGAGUCACCUGAGCUAUGCAUGGAACCUCAGCUAAUAAAACUAGAUCAACCGGGUCCUUUAACACUAGCCAUGCAUCAGUUUGUGACAGAAAUGCAAGAGACAAAAAAAGGGGUAGUGACUCCUAAGGAACUUUUUGCUCAGGUUUGUAAAAAAGCAAUACGAUUCAAAGGUUAUCAGCAGCAAGACAGUCAUGAACUGCUUCGUUACUUACUUGAUGGAAUGAGAGCAGAAGAAAUCCAGCAAAUAAGCAUUGGAAUGCUAAAGGCGCUGAGUGACUCUAACAAACAAAAUGAAGAAGAACUUAAAAAGAAAAUUAAAGAAUAUGAAAAGAAAAAGGGAAUACAAAGUUUUGUAGAUCGAAUCUUUGGUGGAGAAUUAACCAGCACUAUUAUGUGUGAGGAAUGCAGAACUGUGUCCUCGGUCCAUGAGUCUUUCCUUGAUUUGUCACUUCCAGUACUAGAUGUUCAGAAAGGGAAAAUUACAAAGAGAGAAAACAUUAAAAAAAACAAAGAAAAGGAAUUUGAAGAUGAAGAGGAUAAACUCAAUGACCAUUACCUUAAGCAGAAAUAUGAGCCCCGUGGUACAAGUAAGCACCUUCAGAAAAAAAUGAAGAAGCAGGCAAAAAAAAAAGCCAAGAGCCAACGCCGGCAGGAAAAACUUCAAGGAAAGGUGCUUCACUUGACAGAUCUCUGCACAACUGAACAGCUAGAGAUAGAUGUCAAGUACAACCAAGAAUCAGAUGUUGAAAUGAGCUCUGAAACUCUUGAUAAGAAGCAAGAAGAGGAAUCAUCACAUGAUUUCAAAGAUCACUGCUUAACUCAGAAAGACUUGAGUAUACAGGGAAAUAGUACAGAAAUUCAGAGCAAGCUUGAAAAUGGAGGAAAGCCAGAACAAGAGUGGGAAGAAAAUAAGUCACUCAUGGAUCUCUCUAUGGAGGGCUUAGAUUCUCCUAUGAAGUUUGUCAAUGGCCUUGACAACCGGUCUUUGAAAGAGGAGGAUGAUGACAAUGAAGAUGAGGAAGAGCUUGCUACGGACCUUUCAAAACUCCACUUGGGUGUCAGUGACACAAGUGACACAAAUACCUUGGAUGGCCUUCAGCCUGUUUCUAACAAGAUGUGUGAAGUAUCUACAGAUGACCCCGAAAUGGCAUUUUGUACUCUGGCAAACAGGGAAGAGCUAAACCCUGAAGAAGAUUCAGUCCAUCAUUGUUUGUAUCAAUUUACCCGUAAUGAAACACUUACCGAGACCAAUAAACUACUGUGUGAUGUGUGUACACAAAGGCAUUGUGGACCAAAGAACAACAUAAGUGAAAAGAAGUAUGUUUAUACUAAUGCUAAAAAGCAGAUGCUCAUCUCUCUAGCUCCUCCAGUUUUAACCCUUCACUUAAAGAGGUUUCAGCAGGCUGGAUUUAAUCUGCAGAAGGUUAACAGGCAUAUCAAGUUCCCAGAAGUGAUAGACUUGGCUCCUUUCUGUACAGCUAAAUGUAAAAAUGUGGCUGAUGGGAAUACAAAGGUCUUGUACUCUCUCUAUGGAGUUGUUGAACACAGUGGAACAAUGAGGUCUGGGCACUACACUGCUUAUGUUAAAAUGAGAGCUAUGAACAACCACCUCUCUGAUCUUGUCCUUCGAGGACAAUCUCAAGCUUCAGAAACUGAGCCAGUCAAAGUUUGCAGGAUGUAAAGCAAAGAAAGCUGUCUCGAUUGUGGAGUGAACGGAUGUUUUCGAACCUAAGUGGCAAGGUCCAAGCAACCUUUUCAUCCGGGCACAUCUGUGUGUGUGAGACGUAGCCAGAAACUUCUCCGUUUAGAUUCAGACUGCAAGCAGGCCACAGAAUGUGAUGGUGUGAAUAGCUGGGCAGGAAUGCACAUCACAUCAGCACGUUUCAACAGAAGCAGUUUGUGUGAGAAGGAGAUGGAUGCGUGGGACUCCAAAAUAUGACAGUGCACUCAGCUGAGAAGCAAAGUGCAAUGCCUCAGUGCAUGCUCUGUAAAUAAAAGGCUGCAAGGAAAAGGCAAGGGGACAUGUCAGUGAAAGCUUUCUGUCUUGGUACACUGAGCUGUUUGAAGAUGAACCACUCUUCGGUUUCACUAAGGACUCAGCGACACUGAGAGGAUGUGCUUUUCCAUGUAGCUGAGAAGGAAAGUGAGAAUCACCGGUGCAUUUUGCAGAGUUUGUAGGCUGCAAGGAGAAGGUGACGGCCAGGCCUGGCUUUUGGCUGUGGCACUUGUUGCAAGGAAGAAGCUGCUGGAUGUUUUAAGCUUUUGGGGAUCUGCGAGAGUGAAAGACUAUGCUGCUACCUCAUUAAACUAAUGAUUGUUGAUCAUCUGGCUGAAUCUAUGACAUCAACCAGAAGUGAAAUUUCCCCCUAUUCACCCCAGUUUAUUCACCUUUUCAUCCAGAAGUCUGAGCUUUUUUGAGGAUACUGUCAAAUGGCUUGCCUUGAAAGCUAGAAGUGUCUCAGUUCACCCGCUAGAGAAACAUGGAAAACAGCUAAAGUCAAUUUCAGAAUUGUCCUGAGCAGAGCUGGUGUUUCACUACCUGGAAUUACCAUUAUGAAUCUUUGCAACACUCACCAUUUUAUAACGCAAACAUUUGAAAUUCGGUAGCAGCUUCAUCUUCUUGUCGUUGCUAUUUACUGAAACAGGAAACAGAUGAAACACGAGAAGUGUAAGUAUCCAAGCUCACUGGCCAUUGUGCAAAUAGCACUUGAUUAAUUCAAGGUACCAUUGUAACAUACAGAAUGGUUCUGUGCAGGAAAAUGAAAGUUUUUGUGCCCCCCUUCGCAGGGGCACAAAACCUUUCUACCACAUGAACUCUGGGAGUAAUCCAUCAUUCCUCAGUGUGCUGCGGUCAGAGAGCUACAUGAUGGGUCCCUGUGCCCAUGGCACUCUCAGGGCUCAAGGUCCCGCAGAAACUCCCCACCUUACAGACGCGCAAGUAAAGCCCACUGAAAAUGCAGUUCUCCAGACAGCUCACUGAAACCAGCUAGGAGUUCCCAGCUGGGCAGUUCUGUCCACAGAUAACUUUGGUUUUAAUGAAUCCAGAACAAAGUUGCAUUUUUCUAGUCUUUAGCUCUAAUAAGGUGUUUUAUGUAACAUGGCAAGAAAAAGUUUGUUUCGACAAUGAUAAAUAACAGAGGGGAUAAUGUAACUUUUGCUGCUAUCUUCUUUUGCUGCUCCAUUUUGCUUGCUCUACUGUCUCUUUCUGUCAAAGAAAUACUAGGAAAAUACCUCAUCAAGUCUUGCUGUGAAGACAGACUGCCAGAAAGAUGGAGAAACUUCAAAUCUUUACAAGACCCUUGUAGCAUGUGUCUUGGUCAAUUUGUUUGCAGAUCCUUUCUUCCAGCUGUCCUUUUUUGCACCAUUAGCACACAUUGAACUGAAUCCAGUACAAAAGCAGUGAAUAUAGGAAUAGUUCUCUUAAUUUGAAUGGUAAUAAACAAAAAUUAUAAAAAUGCAUAUAAAAUUAAACCAUUUUAGAGCAGCAGGAAGAUUUUAUAUGUAGCUAGCAAAUAAUAAAAAGAUGCAUAUCUACAGGUUGGGUUCCUUUCAAAAGGAAGAAUUGCAAGAAUUCCAGAGAAAAAACAUAGCUUAGUAAACUGCAAA